GCAGGCCAGGAGAGAGCCACUCUGCUCCUCGGGAUAUGCGGCCUCAACGUCUAUGGGAACACUGAUUGGGUUACUCACUGCGUCGUGAUUACUAGGGUCAACAAGUUUCUUGGGAGUAGAAGAAGAAUACCAGAAGGUACUGAAGUCAUUGAAACAACGACAUGAACAUCGCCAUCUACCUCCGCAUUGUGUUCUUCGUGACCUCGCUCCUCGAUUUCGUGGACUGCGUGAACAUAUUGGCCAAGGUCUCUGUCAACAGCAGUCAGGAAUUAUCAGCCACCCACAAGGAUUCAAGUGAACCAUUAUCAACCGACAUUCGAGCGAUAAUUGAAGAGUUGAACAAGGAUCCGUCCAUUCACUUCGAACUUCUCUACGAUAGACAACAUGAAGAAACUGCAAGCAGCGUCUUCAAGAACAUCCCAGCCGGGCUGACGAUGUUCCUGUACGAGCGAGCGAUGUCGUUACAGCAGCUGUUGAAGCCGCCAUCGUCAGGAGCGACGUUUUUGCUGACUCUCUGCUCCUCCCAGAACAUCUUGGAUGUUUUUCAAAAGAUCCGGAACCUACGUCUGGAGAGCCACUGGGUGAGGUGGAUUUUGAUGGUGGAAGGAGAAACGGAAAGAGACGGAGUGAUGGCGUGGCUGGAUGGGAUCUUGAACGAAGGGACCCAGGUGGCCAUCUUGACCAGAAUUUCGGUGGGACACCUCUCGGUGUUUACGUCCCGCCUGACCUUCCGUGGUACCAUGGGGUUUGCCUAUCGAGGCGUCUGGGACAAGAGCAGCAGAGAUGGUGUCCGCGGUCUCCGCCAGAUGGUGACCUCGAAUGACCUGGGUCUGUACAAGAACAUGCGGGGGAGGACGUUGACCGUGACGGCCCUGAACGUGUGGCCCUUCUUUGCCCUGGGGCAGCAAUACCCGGACGGGAGUUACGAGGCCAAGGAGGGCAUUGAUGUCAGGAUCGUGGAGACCUUGAGUUCUGCCUUGAAUUUUACGUACCGCGUAGUCCGUCCAUCAGACGGUGCUUGGGGCUACCCCCAAGCUGACGGUACAGUGACGGGUAUGAUUGGCAUGGUGUCGAGACGGGAGGCACACCUGGCUAUCACUAUCAUCGCCAUCAAUGAGAAGAGGGAAGAAGUCGUGGACUUCACCAUCGGAUAUUACCGCGGACUGCUGAAGAUCUACUCGAGGGCCCCCAGGCAGAAGAACAGGGCUUUGGCGGUCAUGUCCUCCUUCGAUUCUCUGGUAUGGAUCUGCAUCAUGGCCACUACCCUCGUCAUGGGACCUCUGGCCUACCUGGCGUCGGUCUCUCUAGACCCAGAGGACUGGAAAGAAGGCCCAAGUCUCAGGAAGGUCCAGGAGUACGUCUUCGGGAUGUUCAGUAACCUGGUUUUGCAAGACAAUCGCGUCUCUCCUCUUAAGUGGCCUGAGAAGGUCAUCUUUCUGUCGUGGUACCUCUUCUGCCUCGUCGUGUCAGCCUUGUAUUCCGGAAUGCUGACAGCCGUGCUGGCCGUUCCGUCGUACGAGAAACCCGUCGACUCUUUGGAGGAGUUGCCCAGGGCCGUGAAAGAUGGUUUUACCAUUGGCGUGAUGGCUGACUCGACCAACGAAUAUCUCUUCAGGGAUGCGACUUACGGCAUCUACAAGGACACGUGGAAGCUUUUCAAUCACGAAGACAGGUCCAAGAGCUUCGUAGACAGCCCUGCUACGGGUAUCGCGAGAGUCUUGGAGAAGAAAUUCAUCUACAUGGGGCCAGCUAUCCUGGGAGAUGCCAUCGCCAAGAAAUACGGAAGCAGUCAGUUCCACUUCGGGAAGGAGACGUUUUUCCCCCAGGAUGCAGCCAUCGCCUGUCCCCCUGGGUCCCCUUACGUCCAGAGCUUCAAUCGAGUACUGGCGAGACUGGUGGAGGGGGGCCUGAACGUCAAAUGGGAAAAGGACGAAAUUCGGAAAGUACCGGAGAAACGUUCGGCCGAAGAUGGUCGGCCCAAGAUCUCGGCCAUUAGCAUCACCCACCUCCAGGCAGCAUUCUUCAUAGUCGUGAUUGGGAUAUUGGUGUCUGCCGCGGUAUUACUCAUGGAAAACGUCUACUUUUUCUUGGUUUGAGAGAGAGAGAGAGAGAGAGAGAGAGAGAGAGAGAGAGAGAGAGAGAGAGAGAGAGAGAGAGACAGAGCUUGGUUACGUGAAUGUAAUAAAUUUUUAAAAAGAUAAUAUAAGCAAUAUUUAUGGAUAUGA